UUUUGUUUCUUUCCCUGUUUCACACUUAGGACCUACUUGUGGCGUGGAAAGAGGCAGUUUGUGAGGUGGACUGUUUCACCUGUUGGUCGCCGUGGUCAUGACUGCUCGGGAAGCGACUUAGUUACAGAGUACAAAGUCGAACCUGGAGUAAACGUGGACCUUAUACCUUAAUACCGGACGCAGUACUAUCUAUCCCACAUACAUUUUAUUAAAUAAUAUAUUACGAAGAUGCCGCUGGGAUUAAGAGGUAUGAAGAAGAAGAAAUCCAAGUCGAAGGAGAACUCCACUCUUGUAGAAAAUGAAGAAGUGGAUGAGCGGAGAACUGGAGCCACUGAGGUGGCGAAGACUACGACCAGUGGUGCUGGAGUACCCUCUCCUCCUGGUAGGCUUCGACCUAAACUGGUCUUUCACACACAGCUAGCCCAUGGCAGCCCUACCGGUAGGAUUGAGGGCUUCACAAGUGUCAAGGAACUAUAUGCCAAGAUAGCAGAAGCGUUCACUAUUGACACCUCUGAGAUCUUGUUUUGCACACUGAACACUCACAAAGUUGAUAUGGACAAACUUUUAGGAGGACAGAUUGGUCUUGAAGAUUUUAUAUUUGCUCACGUCAAAGGAUUAAAAAGAGAAAUUGAUGUUUUCAAAUCAGAAGAUGCACUUGGCCUUACUAUCACAGACAAUGGAGCUGGCUAUGCUUUUAUAAAGCGCAUAAAGGAAGGUAGUGUAGCUGACCAAAACAAACUGAUAAAUGUGGGAGCUCACAUAGAAUGCAUCAAUGGAAAGAACAUUGUGGGCUGCCGCCACUUUGAAGUAGCAAAGAUGUUGAAAGAUUUACCAAAAGGAAUUUCAUUUACUCUAAACCUGGUAGAGCCCCUAAAGGCAUUUGAAAUGAUUGAACCAAGGUCAAGAGGUGGGAAGGCAAUAGAUGGUAAAAUUUCUACAGGAAAAGAAACACUUCGACUACGAUCUAAAGGACCAGCGACAGUAGAGGAAGUACCUACAGAAUAUGAAGAAAAGGCUAUCAGCAAAGUUGAUGACCUUCUUGAAACUUACAUGGGUAUAAGAGAUACUGAAUUAGCGGCAACAAUGGUUGAAGUUGGAAAAGAUAAGAAGAAUCCUGAUGAGUUUGCUAUUGCACUUGAUGAAGCACUUGGAGACUUUGCAUUUCCAGAUGAGUUUGUAUUUGAUGUUUGGGGUGCCAUAGGUGAUGCAAAGAAAGGCAGGUUUUAACUGCAAGUCUAGUUGUUUCACGAAUCAGCGUUUGAACAAAACUGUAAAAUUGUCAUUUUUAUGUCAAAAGAAAAAUAUAUGGCAUUAGUACAAUUUGAACUGUGACACUUAUUUGUAUAUUUAUCAUAGCAAAUAUCACACUUUUUAAUGUGAUGUACAAAAUAAUUGAGAGCAAUGAUGCUCAUUUUAUUUUUUAUGGGUGAUUUAAUUUCUUUAAAUUUAUGUGCUGUUAUUCUGUUAAGUUUCUUCAGUAAUCUGUAAAGUUGAUGUAAUAAAAGCCUUCUUCUUUAGGUAACUUUUUGGACUUUAUCAGUGUAUAUCAGCAUAUUUCAUGACUUUUAAUGCCGGUUUCUGGUGGUGCACAUGGCUUUAGGUGCUGAGCUAGAAGAAUGCACUUAGCUCCUGUACAUUUGCCAUUGUCUUUAAGAGUUUGAAACCUUCCACGCGUUCCUGCUGUCACCCAUUUAUGAGCAAAGAUCCACAUCAGCAAUAUGUCUUCCCUUACGUGAGGAGCUUAACAUUAGGCAUUUGCAUAACUGCCAGCUCUUCAUCCAGCAUACUUUCAAAAGCAAUUGAGAGGAUUGAGGCCUUCCUCAGCUUUGUAGAGAUGGUUGCUGUGAACGAUCCACACUGGAAAGAUGGACAGGGUGGUCUAUGCUAAAGUGACACGCUGGUGCUGAAGCAGUGUGAUAAAGUGUGAGAAUUGGAAGUCAGUUGUCAGUCACAUUCUGUACUUGUAUACUUCCUUAUAAGGUACUCUUGAACAAAUUACCCAUCACACAUUCUUCCAUGUCUGGUAAGGGGUCAAGUUUUUGGCUCUUGUAAUCACUUUCACAGGUGCCUGGACAUUUCUUGACCGUGACACAAUUUGUUACACACUAAACUUUUGACUCAGGGUAAUGAGAUGACCCACCCCUAACUGACAUCUCCAUUAUAUUUAUUAUACCACAACACCACUCAGUGAAGCAAAAUGUCCAUAUUUCUGGAACCGAUAAGGAUUGACUCCUCCUCUGUUUAUAGCUUCAAAUCAAGUAACUCCUUUUUGUUGAAACUCUACAGAUAAUUAAGUUCAUCAGUGACUGACCUGUGUUCUUUUGCUUUUUUUCUGAAAACUCAAUUGGUAUCUGCAUAAAAAGGAUGCUGACCCUUCUGGGGUCAUUAUCAUCCACGGAACCUGUCUUUAAGGAUUCUGUUUAUGUCAUCUAGACGCAUCUGUGUUUUUUCCCCCUAAAAAGUGUAGUGUCUUCUGCAACCUUCAGAUAAAUGAAUUUGUGUGCUGACUAUUCCUGAUGGAUCUCUUUGGCUCAGCAUAGCUUCCAAAGAUCAUAUCACUUUUUCACUUUACCACCUGAUAAGGGGUGUAAGGCUUUGAAAUAGAAAUACAAGGAGGUAUUGUCAUCUGACACACUGUGGCUUUUCUCGUAUGUCUCACCGAUCAGUAUCAAGUUCUUCUUAGAGGGUCAUGCAGUGGAGAAACUGAUAUAGCUCCCUGACACUGGGAUCUAAGAACAUAUGGGGAAGACCCUUAGAAUGGCCCCCACGUAUGACUUUACAUACACUCUUGUAAUUCUGACUGUGCUGACUCUCUUGAGUUAGAGCAUCAGGCACAGGAAUAUGCAUAUACAGAAUACUGUGGCUCCAAUUAAUCUCAUUUUGCUGUCAGACACUUAGCAGGCUCUAGUAUGCUUUAGAGUGGAUGAUAAUUGCCACUAAUUUCUCAGUGGAUCCCUUCAACCUAUUUCAGAACUAGGUGCAGGUCCUGAAAAUUGAUGGUCUGUUAAGAGAAUGGGAGAACUCACUUUGAUCUUUCUGAGAUUCAGGGAAGGUGAAGACACCCCAUUUAAAGGGCCUCUACUUAAACCAGUUAGAGUUGCAUGUAAUAGGAGAGAAAUAAUUUCCUUUCCUGCUGCAGCUAGCGAAGCAGGGUGGCAUACACUCCUACCCCCUUCAUUCACAUACAUUGUAUAUCCAGCAUUGGCCCAUACACUGGGGCUUAUCUCUAUCUGCUGUUCAUAAGUGAGAGUUGUGUAGGUAGUGAUGGACUCCUUUUGCUGCAGCUCAUCUUUUCCUGAAGCUGAUGAUUCUACCAUCUUGUUUAGUCAAGGUCUUUCAGGAGGUAGGCACCACAGAAAUUGAGCUGCUAGUCUCACAAUAGAAUGCAUUUCUCCUUGAUAUUCUCUGUCCAACAGUGAAAGUCAGAGGUUGAUGAUGGACAUACUCAGUUCUGUAGCAGGGACAAUUCCUAUAUGUUUUCUGCCAUUCUCUUUAAUUGCAUAUCUCACAGGAUUCCAGAAAGAAGGAUCAAUGUUCAGCUUCAUCAUUAUCUGUUAACAGAGGAGAGUGUGGUUUCAGGCUGUCAAUUCCUUGGCAAUGCAAUAAACUAUCCUUUAUAACCAAAGAAAUCCCUAGUACGUCGGUGUGGCAGCAGACGUCACAUCAGGGCAUGGCUCCUUCUUAAAUUGUUUCUUCCUUCUAAAGCUCACAUCUAGAGUUUUAGAGGUACUUGAAGCAGCCAAGACAUUUUGAUUCAUCAGUCUUAAGCAGCUACGUAGAUGUUCUCCAAGUAAACACAUCCUUUAUUUCCUCAUUCACUUACUUUGUAGGAGGCUGUGACCUACUGUGGAGACCUGUGUGACUCUAGUGUCAGUUACUUCAGAGUCAAAGCUUAUUUUUGCCUCUUUAUGCAUCUUUAGACCUUGUAGAGAGCAAAACUGUGGCUCAGUACAGUUGAUUAAGUAAUGCUUUAAAGGAAACCAGCACUUUUAUACCUUUGAAGAAUGCCUAUCCUCCAUAGAAUAUCACAGUUCUUUGCUUUGUCCACCAUCCCAUAGAACUGGCUGGUUUGAUGGCUCUAAAAGUCAGUGGCCAGUAUCUCUGCAUAAGUACUAUAUCUGGUUUUUCACAAGGUUGGGAUAUCCCUUAGAACUAACUAACAUUUCCUUCUUAAGGUUUUGCCACAAUUGUCCUUCAGUCAGACCAUUUACCUUACUGUCUUUUAGGGGCAGAAUGAAGGUAAAAGAAGACCCUUCUUUUUUUAGACAUGUACUGCUGGCUCAAACAAUUGUCAUAUUCUUGUCCUGUGAAGAAGAGGAGAUCUUCAAAGGUAGCUGCCAGCAGUUGGUGCAUGAGUUUAGGAAAACAGAGAAGCUGAUUUUCUCCUUUACUCGAAACACUAAAAUAUCAAAGAGAAGUGAACCUUUUAUAGGACAAGUUAAGGUUUUACAGUACAGCUACUACAGAUUUUGGACUACACGAGUCCUUCUCCAAGCGCAAGUCACUGAUGCUAGAUUCAUGCUUUAGUACUUAAUUGGUUCCUUUUUCCUACCAAAGAUUGAACUAAGUGCAGAAUUUCUUUUUUUUUCUGUUUGCCCUUAGUGGCAGCUUGACCAUUUGCUUGUGACCAUUGCUUCUGCUCAAUCUCCAUAUCUCCCUGUUCAGACUCUCCCAAGAAUGGGGGACCAUCAUACUAAUGUGGGUUUGUUAUUAAAGGAGGUGCAGAGGAGAGUGUCUUUUUUUUUCUGUCUUGCAGAAUCAUUAAUAAUGGUCAAGGGUCUUUUCAUUUGUUAUACUUUAACUAUCCCAUGUUAUGCUUGACCAUAGUAAUGGAUUCAGCAAUAUAUGUCACAGAACAGGCAGUGAAUACAUCAUUUAAUUUCCCUUUCUGUGAAAACAGAGAAAGAUGUUUAAAAAUACCAGUGUUAGAAGGAAGUAUCAGUAUGCAGCUCAUUCGUUUAGCCCUAUGACGCAUCCCACUGAAAGAACAGGUAUGUGUGUGUAUGUAUGUGUAUUAGUCUGUCUGUCUGCCUUUCUGUAUCUGACAACAUGGUAGAGUUCAUAGCCUGCCAUAUAGUAAAUGUCUUUUCAAAAUGAUGCAACAAAAGCAGUGUACAUUUAGGAGAAAUUAGUUUAGGUAAUCUGCCAUGCUGCUUUGUGCCAUUCACAAUAAAUUGAUAAGUAAAGCUUUAAUUUAGUUACAUUUAGAAAAAGAAAACAAGAAGUCAUAAUUUAUUAGCCUGUCUUAGCACAAAAUAGUUGUGAGAUAGGUGUUUUGAUAAAAAAGGAUAAGUCAUUGUUGCGUUAUGCGACCAGCAGAGACUAUAAGGAAAUAUGAUUAUAUCCUACAAGAUGUGGUCUCCUCUAAACUAGAAAUAUGUGUAUUUUUAAACAGAAGAGCCAGAAUAUCUGAAUAUAAACCUUAAAUAAUGCAUCUGUAGUAGUAGUGGUUAGUAUGCUAUGUAGAAUGUGUUCUAGCUGACAAGGGGGGGGGGGGUGUCGGUAGCUGUCCACCAUGUGUAAGUGGUGUGGAUGGAAUUGUGGUCUUUGUAGGUAGAAUAUGUUGUUAGUAUUUGUCCUAACUAACACCAUUGGAGUGUAAUAGUGCUAAAUACUAAGUAACAGUGCAUUACUUUGGGUAAAGAACAGCUGGCAUUUGCUAAGCAUAGAGAUGUAGUAAGCUAUUCUGGCUUCAAUCUGGCAAAGAAAAACAAAACAAAAAAAAACAAAGGUCUUCUACCUCUGCUUCCAUUUAAACUGUAGCAAUUUCUUGAGCAAGCCAAGCAGCUGUUGCAAUCCACACAUGGAGUGCUAAAGUGUUUCAGUUCUGAAGCUCAGGGAUGGGGCUUGAUGAAAAAAAAAUCAUUUUAAAUCUUAGCACACACUGCCUAACACUUUGCACCCAGUUUGGAUGUCCUGUCUGCAUCACUUGAGCUACAGUACUAGCUAAGCAAAUCCUUUCUGUCUUUCUGUAAGGUUUGCUGUAUACAUGGUGUUUUGCCAUCAAGUGGUGCACUACCACUGGAGAGUGCUGCAGUUAAAAAUCACUCCACCAAAGUAUGGCUGCUUCCAAUGCUUGUAUUACAAUAUUCACCGUUAUGAUAAAUGUGCUGUGCUGACUUGGUCAUCUUUUCACACUGUCACCAAGCAUAAUUGCUUUGACGCUGAUUCCAGGAACCAGGCCCUCUUCAGAACCUCAGUGCUUCAGGCCUCAGUCAUCUGAGCUCUUUGCCUUUAGCUGUUCCUCCAGCUCUGGUUCUCUGGGUGGUUUAAUUCUCAUUGUAUGCAGAUUUGCAUAGUCAUUACCUUAUACAGAAUUCUUCCAAAGUUAGUUGUUACAGUAUCAGCUGAUCUCAUUCUGCUUUCAGUGGUUAUUACCUUCUUGUUUCUCGGUGGCUUUUCCAUUCUACUGCAGGGCAUUCUUUUGAACUGGGCAAGUGUGUUUAUAUCCUUUGUAUGUUGCAUUGCUUGCUUAUUGUCUUAGAAGUUUUGCUAGUUGAAAGGCUGAAGGACUAGGUGUACUUUCCUAGUUGAGCAUAUACUACCAUGGCAUGUGCCAUCAUUCACCUCAUAUACACUUAGGCAUGAAAAUAAGAAAAUAUUCUGAAGGAUGCCAAGCUAGAAGGUGUCAGGAUGGGGAAUUCCAUCAGUUACUCAGUACAGAAGGCUUAAGCAGAUUGAUCUGAUAAAGUGAUUGCAUAUAUCUUUUCAUUUGGUAUGUUGGUCCUUAUUUUAUAGUAACAAUAUGUGUGGGCUCUUUAUGAUUAUGAAAAAACAUACACAUUACAGGCUAUCUAGAAACAGGCCUGCUUGCUGAGUCUGUAAAUUAAUGUUCAUACUGUAUAAAUGAUGAGGUUAAUGUAUUUGUGGAUUCUGUCUGCAGUUUUAUUUCUCCCUGUCUCUUUGUCUCUGCCUAUACAGACAUGAGCACACAUGCAAACAAAGAAACUUGGUCACACAUACAUGCAGCAAAUACUAAGGCUGGAGAGAAGGUUGCCCUGUAUUUUAUAAAAGUAGUGUGUGUUUUAGUUAGGUUAUUAAGGAAUAACAUUUAUGUUGAGGAAUAACACUCAAUAAAUCAUAGAAUGUAAAACAGUCCUUUGGAUGAUUAAUUGUUUCAGAAUCUGAUCCAUCACAAAAAAGAAAAAAAAAGCAAGCAUCAACUGACUCCCCAUAGUCACAAUAUGCAAAAGGCAAUGUGCAUUGUUUAAUGCUAAAUAAGCAACAACUACAAAACAUAGAUGAAGGCAUUUUUUUACAAACUGCAUUUGAAUGCUUUUGCCAUGUCUUGCAUGCAGAGUAAUCUUACUUUUACUGAUAAUUUUAGCAGUGAAACAGAAAUUUAAUUUCUGCUCUGCAUUCUAGUGAUAAUGUACCUUCGUUGAAGGUUGUGCGUCAGGGCUGGCAACUCGGCACGUAAAAAUCUACUGCCAAUCAUUAGCGGACCGGAGUUCCGCUGUGGCGACCCCUAACCGGGAAAAGCCGAAAGACCCAACAUUCUAGUGAAGAUAAUGUAAACAGUCAAUGAAAGGUUGAGAAUGAAGACCUUUCAUUCCCUUUCAUUUAACUAGUAAAUUAUGUGCAAGUAUAUGUGUAGGUGUGUAUGUGUUUAUGUAUGGGUUCCUGACAAGUUGUCAAACCUGAAGAAAUUUCGGCACAGCUAAUCAAAUGUGCCAACAGUGUUUCUGCACAAGAUCACGGUACAGUGAGGAUCAGGGAAUUUGUUCUUUCCACACUGUAGUGUGAUCUUGGAGUUGAUGUAUGCAAA